AUGUCAAGGAAAGUGGGACCUUACGGUGGUGACAAUGGAAACGAAUGGGACGAUGGUGUUUAUGACGGUCUAAGGAAAGUGUAUGUUGGAGAAGAUGGUGACCGUGUGAGCUACGUUGAGUUCGAGUAUGUUAAAGGAGACCAAUCGAUAACUCUUUCUCACGGAAUUGGUACUAAAUUAUCUCUCGAGGCAAAAGGGUUUGAUAAGCUUGUCGGGUUCCGAGGAAUGUCGUCCCAUGAUCGUCUCAAUGCUCUAGGAGCACAUUUUGCGGUGGCGUUAGCUCCUCCGCUCGAAAAACUAAAAGCAAAAGGCGGAAAGAUUGGGAAAGAGUGGGAUGAUGGGAUCCACGACAAUGUUUGUAAAAUAACCGUAACAUACGAGGGUCAUUGCGUGUAUUUGGUCCAGUUUAAGUACCUCAAUGGCACCACUAUUGUCACCGGAGAAGCUCACGGGAAGUUCUCACCGCUUCCUACAUCAAAAACAGAGAAAAUCAGAAAGCCAUCUCCAACGUUAUCAAUUAUUUGA